GAAAGUAUCAGGAUGGCGGUGGAAGUACGGUUGCCGGCGGCACAAAAGCGCGUCAGUGAGGAGCUAGGAACGGGGAGCGGCCUCCAUCUAGUCACCCCCGGGGACACCAUCACUACCGACACCGGAUUCAUGAGGGGCCAUGGAACAUACACAGAAGAUGAUAAGCUGGUGGCUUCGGUGGCCGGUGUCGUUGAGCGCGUCAACAAACUGAUAUGUGUUCGAGCCCUAAAAGCCAGGUACAAUGGAGAAGUCGGGGAUAUAGUUGUCGGCCGUAUAACAGAGGUGCAACAGAAGAGAUGGAAGGUUGAUACGAAUAGUCGGUUGGACUCUGUGUUAAUACUUUCUGCUGUUAAUCUUCCUGGAGGGGAACUGAGGAGGAGGUCGGCUAAGGACGAGCUGGCCAUGCGCGAUUACCUGCAGGAGGGAGACCUGAUCAGCGCGGAGGUCCAAGCUGUGUACUCGGAUGGGGCACUGUCUCUGCACACAAGAAGCCUGAAGUACGGCAAACUUGGGCAGGGGGUGCUGGUCCGGGUGUCCCCUUCGCUCAUCAAGAGACGCAAGACGCACUUCCAUAAUCUGCCCUGUGGAGCCUCCAUCAUCUUGGCCAACAAUGGGUUCAUCUGGCUCUGUGCUACCCCUAAGGAGAUGGAGGAAGAGGCUGGGGGCUUUAUCACCAACCUGGAGCCUGUAGCAUUAUCUGACCGGGAAGUGAUUUCUCGCCUGAGGAACUGCAUUCUGGCCCUGGCUUCUCAGAAGAUGUUACUGUAUGAUACCAGCGUCCUCUAUUGCUAUGAAGCUUCAUUGGCUCACCAGAUCAAAGAGCUAUUGAAAGUGGAGGUGAUAGAAGACAUAGUGAUGGAGACCCGACAGCGCCUCCUGGAGCAGGAAGGUUAAUUCUUGCCGAUGGAACCUUUAGCCUUAAUUCUAUCAAGUACCCUGUUUAUUUCCCCUCUGCUCCAAUGAACAUUCUGCGUUGUGGGCGGUGAUGCCUCUCUGCGUGAUGGAAGGGGGAAUCAUGGCAGCUGCCUCUCUGUUGGAGGAUGCUGGGAGUUUUACUCAACUAAAAAUCCCAAGAAAGUUGCAUUGGAAACACAGGGCUGCUGCCCUUUUCUACAGGAGAAUUGUUGUGUAAUUAGUUACAUUUGUAUGUAUAAAUCACACUUUUGAUAAGCA